AGAGGACUAGAGGGACUCGACACGAGCGAUAAAAGCGUUUACUCUUGCGAUAAACUUGGCGGAAAACGUAGAAAAUACCGAUCUUUCUUUGAAAAACCUCUCUAAAGAGACAUCAAGUCUAAAGCUUUGGUUUACUCGACUAUCCGCCUCGCUUUCGGCCGUGAUUGGUCAACGGUUUUUUCUUGUUACUACACCCAUUGUAGACCCGGCCUAAGAAAGUGCAUGCGUAGUCUACACCUGGCGCGUUUACGAGGGGGCAACGGAACGUGUUGGCUACAGUCAGCAACGACCGUUGGUUUCCAAUCGAUUUGUGGGCUGUUUCGCUUUCGCGGGCACAAUCGCGCGGCGCGCUCACGCUGAUCCCUGCGAAAAGGUCAUUCGGGAAGAGAGACGACGUUUAUUCAACUUGGACAGCGGCUCUUCCGGACACUCGAGUUGGCCGCAUUGUUCCUCGCAGGCAGGAGCCAUUGAUAGAGGAUCGAUUUGUAGCAUAUCGCGAGAAAUAGGAAGGGAGAAAAAGUUGCUGGUGUUUCCUGCUACUCUUGUGUCUCGACUCCUCGCGAGUGAAGUUUGAUCUGUCUGUCUCUCCGUCGUCACCCGCCGUGCCGCGUGCGGCCGCACGCAGCGCGACGAUGCCGAUUCUGUUGAGGAACUUCCCGAGGAAGCGUGUCGUGCGUGCGCUCAAGUCCACUUACGAAUUCCGAAGUCCGUGCGAAGAGCUCGAGGUGCAUCGAGCGCGUGCCGGGUGUGCGUAAGCGUUCGCGAUCUCCACUUUCGUCCUCGCCUCUGUGACCCGACCUGUAACCUCUACCUCGCUGCCUCUAUCUCAAUCUCCGCGGUACGAGAGACAUGAUCGCGCGCGCCGAGGAUGUGCACCGUCCGUUCUCGCGUGUCCGAGGAACACCUGUAGUGCCGCGUUCAUAAUUGCACUGGCGUGUACGAUGUCAGCACAGCUAAGCAUGCAAGACAAGAAGGAUCUGGAGAAGUUUACCAAGUACCUUGCGCUCAGGGCUGCGCAGAUCAUAGUGCAGUCGAGGUCGGGCCAGAAGGUCAACACCACGUGCAAGCCGGACUCGUCAGCCGGCGACUGGUUUAAUCUGGCGAUAAAGGAGCUGCCGGAAGUCUCGGCCGACGCCAAGAGAGCAUUAUGCGGAGAGAUAGUGAGUUCAGCUGUACCUCUGUGCAUAGAAAUCUCGCUGAAGACAGUGGAGGGUGACAAGAUGGUCCUGGAGACUUGGAGCCUCGGCGUCUUGCCAGAACAGAGCGAUCCAGCUGUACGAGUGACGUACACUGUGUACAACAGAAUGGGGAUUGUGUUGAAGUCCCUGAUUGCUAUAUCAAGAGUCACGCCCGCUUACAAACUGAGCAGGCGGCAAGGGCCUGAUUCCUACACCAUGUGCUAUCGGAUAUACAUGGGAGAGCCUCAGCUACAUAAUUUAGGUGACAACUAUAAACACGUAAGAGUAGGUCAAUUGUGCACUCCAGUGGGCACUAUACAUCUGUCGGUCUCUUACAGAACAAAAAUGACUAUAUCGCCUACCCACAAGGGACGAGAUUCCAUCAUGCUUAAGAGCGAUCAUUUUCAUUCGGACUUGAGUCCACGUCACGCGCGAUAUCAGCAAAGCGAGGAAACGUCAAAGUCACUCAGCGACACCAUUAAGGUCGGCGCAUUUGUGAUAAACAAGCCUGUCAUUGUCAACGAAGAGGACCUCGUGAUACCAGACGUACCGUUCAGUUCGCUAUUAACGCCCAAACAAACGUCGCCGCCCCCAAUAUCGCUGAUGGAACCUAACACAAAGACUGCAAUGACAGCUGUUGCGACCGACAGCAACAAUGGGAAUAAUGAAAGACUUAAUAAUGAUAAUGCCACUUCGAAAUGCGCAUCCCAAAACGGAUCUAGAAGAAGUAGUUGUUCAAUGACUAGUGCCAACGAUGAUUUUAUUAUGGUAGAUUUGAAAACUCCUUUCGCCGUCACGAAUACCAACAGCGAUGUAGGAGCGUUUUAUCGAGAGUGUCAAAGUGCUCCGCAAUUGCAAGCCUUUAUGGAGGAAAGAACUCUUGCGGAACAAUUGGGAGAUCUCACUAAACAAUUGGAAACAUUUGAAACAAAUAUGCAACACUACGAGGACAUUUUGUCAUCUUUGUGUCAAACGGAAAAUAAUAAUUAAGGCCGGUAUCUGCUAGUUGAUUUAAGCAAAGGCACGAUUUUUGCGUUGAAUACAGUUUUCGAAAAUUACGUUAUUAUGUUGAUGUAGAACGCAUAUCACAAAUUUAACACAUUUAACAAUUGGAAGAACUGAUCUAGCCCUCGAUAAAAUUGUUCACUCGACGUCGCAAACGUUUUGCUAUUAUACGAAAAAUACGUUGCAAAGAUUUUAUUUAAUAUAUUAUAUAAGGUAUAUGUAACUUUCAGCAGAGUACUAGUUGUGAUAAUUGAUUACUUAAUAUAACUUAUUGCUUGUAUAAAGUGUAAAUUGCACUUGAAUAUUCUAAGACAAAACGAUAAAUACAAGUUGAUUAUCAAGUA